AUGUUCCAUCGAAAUAGGCGACUUUUCCGCUGCCCCGCAUUCUUCUACCGUUACACACGUACAAUUCAAUCAAUUGCCCAAUUCUUGUUUUUCGCCUUUUUUGUCAGAUUCAAGCUGCCACAUUUUGAUUCUUUACUUGAUCAUCGGUUUUGAUUUGACGGUUUUUUGCUGUUUUCCAGUUAAAUUAUGCACUUAUUAGAGAAGAUAUCUGAAUGAUGGAACCAAAAUCUAUAUUUUUAUUGGGCUUGUUACUAUUCCGAGUUGGGAAACUUAUGAGAAACGAUAAACUCGCAUGGAGCGCGGAAUACGAAGCAAAAAAAUUCAAGUUUUAUCACAAUACAUCUUUAUUUCUAACUUUACAAUCUACGGGUCCUGAGAUGACAAAUUUAUGUAAAAAGAGCUGGUGUGACAAGGUUGAUGAUUAUUUUGUAGUCCCACAUCAUUAUGUCAAUUGGCAAAAACCAACCGAGCAAUGGCUAAUUCAUCAUUUUUCAAAAAUGAUUCUUCAUACACGACGCCUUCCCCAACAAGCUCAAUGGUACAUGUUUGCAUUUGAUAAUAAUUAUUUUUUCGUUGAACGUCUCAUAAAAGAACUGUCGAAAUUCGAUUCGCAUCUUCCGAUAUACACAAUUCUCCGGGAUUUUCACGCUGAUAUUCAACACAAACCAGUGCUGAUAUUCUCUCGUUCUGCGCUAAACACAUUCUAUGAUCUUGAAGAAGAAAAUUGUUCUGAAAAUGCUGAAAAUGUGGAGGAAUGGCUGACAACGUGUAUGUCAAUUCCACCCAUUACUAUUUCAGUGGACAGAUCCAAAAAGAGCAGGAUAUUUGCCAUAAAAAGGCACUUUCAAGUUGAUGAAAUGAAAACAAUGCCAAAUGAUUAUCAUGAUGAUAAAGACUACAUUCAUAGGCAUUCGAGUUCGUUGUUAUCCUUUACUAAUUUAUCGUUGGAAGAUCUGAAGCUACUACCAAUAUUUGUGGAGAAAGUCCAAGGAGGAUACAAAAAGAAAGCGGCUUCAAAAAUUUUAUUUUAGAAUCAAAUUGUUGUGUUUAUAAAACAAAUCAAAUCAAUAAAACCAAAUAAAAAUUACACCCGAAA